AGGUAUCUGUUAAAGUUGUUCAUGUGAGGUGUACUAGAGAAUAUUAUGUGAAAUAUACCCUCUUAAAGUAACCUUGUAGAAUAUCGUCCUCUUUUACAGAGCCAGUGGCUUCAACCUGCUGACCCUGUUACUGUAAAUAUGAGUAGAGUGCGGCAAUGAGCAUCAGUCUUUUCUUAAAACAAGCUUGUAAAAUUGGGACAUCACAGCUUUAUAUGACAUGGAAUUCAACCAUAAUUUGCUAGAAAACAAGAUGUCAUAUACACCCUCUCCUUCAAGAAAAACAGUUUUCAUAAAAAAUAGCAUUUAAAAAAGUUUUGCCAGCUUAUAAAGACAUUAAACGAGGCCAUGGACAGUUCCACGAGUGUAAAAUGAGAAGCAGCCUGGGCUUCUUUCGGACUCAACGUGAGGAAAAACAAGAUUCUACAUUUUUAAUAAAAGGUUUAUAGUAUUUUUAAAAAGCACAUAAACCUCUGUAAUACAGAAGUUAAUGUUUUGUUUUGUCUGAGAUAGACCAAGUGGGUGGUACCAUGUGUAGCAGAAGUUAGCCUGGACACGUGGUUUGAGGAUGACCAAUCAGGCGCCCCUCCAGGUUUAACUAUGUUAAAUGUCAGAUUGCAAUAAACUAGAAGCUGUUGGUCGGGCCCGCGGAAAUGGGCGAGCAUAAUCUCCUUAAUCCAGGGUUUGUGGGACCUUUGGUAAACAUCCACACUGGAGACACAUUUUACUUUCCGAAUUUUAGAGCCUCAGGGGGACAACUGGCGGGGCUACCGUCUCUCUCCUACCCGAGAAGGGACAAUGUUUGCUCCCUCCCGUGGAAUCCUUCGGAGCCGUGCAAUGGAUACUCUCAAUCCUACUUUAGCAGCCCCGUGUCUAUUAACCCUUCCUUCAAUCGGUCGUGUGAAAUUACCAGACCAGAAGACGGUAAAUGUUAUUACAACAACGGCAACGGGAACAGGGAGACCUGCUCAGGUGGCAACAGCCUCAAACGAGAGGAUAGGGCGAGAGACACAUCAUCCCUAACAUCUGACCACGGGAUGCACAGUGGAAUUGGCAGCAGUGCCGCCUUUUCCAAAUAUGAUUAUGGGACCGAGCAGCUAACGCAAGACCCGCCAUCCUGUCAGUCAAUGGAGUCCGACUCCAGCUCCUCUCUUCUCAACGAAGGCAGCAAGCCUCCGUCCAGCGACACACAGACCCUGGUGUCACCGGGAAGCCAUUCAAGCAACAUAGCCGCAGGCGGAGGUGCCCCGUGGUACCCGAUGCACACUCGGACCAGAAAGAAACGCAAACCUUAUUCCAAACUUCAGCUGGCUGAGCUAGAAGGCGAAUUCAUGCUGAAUGAGUUCAUCACCAGGCAGCGACGGAGGGAGCUCUCCGAUCGCCUGAACCUCAGCGACCAACAAGUCAAGAUCUGGUUCCAGAACCGCAGGAUGAAGAAGAAGAGACUCAUGCUGAGGGAGCAAGCUUUGGCCUACUUUUAGAGAUGCGGCAGAAGGUGAAUCGAUAGGCAGUAAAAAGCCAAGCCUUCUAUGCUCCCUUAGGCCUUCUUUCAAUGCAUGCACCCAUCUAUCCAUCUUUUACAUUGCAGGCAAUCAUUACUUUAUUUUCUGAUAUUAUUUUUUUCUCAGAGGUGCGGGCUAAAAACGCCCCCAAACAAGCCACUAUCUGGCGUCCAAAGCUACACGCUAUCUGCGAGCCUUCUUUUCGUGGGGCAUAAUCGCACAAAAAGCUGUGAAAAUGUGUUUUCUGUGUUGGUUUUUCUGAUUUGUCAAGAGAUAGGUAUACGGCCCAAGUAUGUAAGCCACGUUAAAUUUGUCUCCAAGGCAUUAUCUUUUAAUAAUAACAGCAUCUCUUCUGUUCCAAUUUUUAGUCUGAGAAAAUAAGGCGGGAGCUGUGCAGUUAUAAGAGCCGAAAAUAGACCUAAAAAUAACAGCGAAGUCAGAUACCAGUCAUUCAGAGAAGCCUGACUGGAGCGCAUCUUCGCAACAAUUUCUCUUAUUUUAUGAAGAAGUCAGCAAGAAUCUUCUUGCUGUUUGCUUUAACUUCCACAGCGACUGUUUGUUGGGUAAGAGGAGCAUCAUCGUUGUCUCGUUUCCAUCGUUGUCGCUGCGUUUGUGGGCACGUUCACGGUCACGGACAGGAGAUGUGGAAGUCUGGGUGUCUGCGUGACAAGAGGGAGGACUAAAGCCGCAGUGUAAUCCAUAUCGAUAUCUUUACGACUGCGCAUUGACGAAUUUAACUGCUAUGACUUUGGUCAUGUGUAGGCAAGUUCUUGAAGGUUUUUUUUUUUUUUUUUUACACUUUUAUUACCUUGAAACUUGUCUUAACAACAACCACGGAACUCUGCAUGGGUUGCAUUUCUUUAGUUGAGUGAGAUCACCGUUUGAAAACGGUUUUGAGCUGCUAUUAAAAAAAAAGUCUACGUCCAGACUGCCAGUGAAAAAAAAAAAAAAAAAAAAAAAUAGUCUAUCCUACUAUAAACCCACAAGGAGCUGUAAUGGAAAGACCGCAUUACUACAUUUUAAGCCAAUCCAGUUAAACCAGGGAACCGCCUACGGGUUGAUACGUUUUAGGCCUAAAAGAGCGUUUCUUAAACUUGGUGCUCACGUAAUUAUUUAGAAAUUUAGAAAAAUUAAAUUAUAGGCCUGCAUAAGUGUGUAACCACUCAGUUCGGGCAUAUUUCAGUGUAUUAUCUAUCAUGUAUUAAGCUAUAGCAGUGAAACGUUUGCAGCAUGUUAUUGAUAUGAUAUAGCUCGAAAAGUCAUGUUCUGCGGGCCACUAUUUCUGUACGUGACUUUUUAUACUUUUUUUCUGAACAAAUCAAAAGCCAAUACCCUAAAACAUUUUGACACAAACGUCUACAAAGAAUGUAUUAUUAUUAUUGUUAUAUUAUUAUUAUUAUUAUUAGGGUGGAAGGAGGGAAGGCCUACAUAUUAGGCCUACUUAAUGUACUUGCUCCUUGCAAUGUGCUCAGUGUUGUCCCUUUCCUUAUCUUGUACUCGUGUAUAACUUUGUAAAAUGAAAUUACAUAUGUUAGUAUUUGCAUCCUAUUUGAGGAGCCCUUAUCGCUAUGUAAUAGUGUUUUAUGUUAUUGAUCGUCUUGUACAAUAUCGCAUUCCAUAUAGCCUAUUUGUGGUUGUAAGGGUUGGGAAUGUAUAGGCCAAAACUAUAUACUGCCAAGAAUGGAUAUAAAGAAAUGGUAUGUAAGAAAUGUUUUACCAUUCAUGACAUUUAAAGAAACCCUGUUUCUGUGUAGUAGUUGUUUAUUAUCGUUCUCAUACGUCGCCCCCCAUUCCUUUCUUUGCGCUUGUAAGGAUUGCUACGUUGUCUUGUAAAAGUAAUAAUGAUAUGAAUGUAUAUGCGUAAGGUCUUCAAUAAACUGAAUAUUGAAACGUU